AUGAAAUUAGAGACACUUUUAAACCUCCAAGAAAGGGUACUUAAUAUUCAAUUACCAAAUACUAAUUUUAAAAUUGAUGAUGGUACGACAGUCAGACCUAUGCUGGUAACACGCAGUAGUACUAUAAGCUGCAAUAAUACUCCAUGCAUUGAUCCAGAAGAAGAAAUUGACAGACUUAAAGAUCAAGUUGAGCAAUGGAAAAGUCAGCUCAAGAAACUCUUAAGAGAAACUUUUGAAAGACAAGCACUUUCUCAACAAUCGAAUCAAUUGUCAAGAGCUCAAAUUUACGAUAAUGAUUGA